CAGGAGCAGGAGCAGCCGCCGCCCGCCUCCGCGCUGACGCGCCGCCGAGCGCUCGUGCCGCCCAAGCUCAUCACCGACUCCGUCGACGACCGCCGCCUGUCCGCGGGUUCAGACAACUCUCAGCGGACUCGCCGCAGCUCCAUCGUGGUCAUCCCCCCAAUGCAGAUAUGCCCAGGCGAUCUCCUGGUGUACAGCAAAGUACUCACCAAUCGUAACAAUCUCUUGGAUAUUGAUGGUUCAACGACAAGUCUUGCUGUAUCUGACACAGGCACUGAUAGUAAGAGAAGACCGUGGUCAAUCAAUAUUCCACAGUCCUGGCUGCUUCACGGAUCAGCUGAGGAUAUCAAUCGGCCCGAAUUUCCAAGCGGAUCUUUGCGAAGACAAAAGCGUAUACGCUACCGAUCAGCGACGACACUUGAUGGGGUGAGCUCCAGAAAAGGAAAGAACACAUGGUCACUUUUAAGAUUAUUCGAGCGAUCUAGCCGAGGCAAGUCCGGAAGCAUUUGCGGGCUGGAAGAGGUUCUGAACUGCCUGCAGCGGAUAGAUUUCGAUGACGAGCAACUGUCACGGUUCCGCGGAAUGUGCUGGAGCGAGUUCGUGCAGUACUGCGAGAAGAAGGAGAAGGCGGGCAGCGGCAGCGGCAGCGGCAGCAGCGGCAGCCAGAGCGGCAGCGGCAGCGCCUCCUCCAGCGAGGCAUCCAGCCCCGACCGCGUGCCCGCCGCACAGCCCGCGCCGCCCCCGCCGCCCCCGCGCGCCCCCAGCCCGCCCGCGCGCAGAGUGAGCGCUGCUUCGAGCGUCGCCUGA